UGGAAAUAGUUUAAAACCUUGGGCAUCUUGUAUCUCCUUCUCCUCCUCUUUGUUUUUUAUCAGUUUGUAAUCUCCUCCUCCGAAUCUCGAGCAUUGGCUAAGACCUAUCGGUACGAACCACCGUAGUUGAUCAACACCUGGUAACACUUCCUUUCAUCCUCGGUUGCUUUGAGCUUCUACAAUUGGUAACGCUUCUAUACUUUUGCCCCCAUUUCUACAUCGUCUGAAUCUGUUUAUAACCAAAAAAUAGAAAAAAAAAACCCCAACACCCAAUAAAAUCACCAGUGGCAGUGAAUGGCCAGACCUCCACCCUCUUUCAAAACCCUUAUCCACCGCCAAAACCCACCUCGCACAAUCCAAAACCCCAAUCCCCAAAUCCGAACCCUCGGCGGCGGCGGCGGCGAAGAAUUCGUUCAGACCCAUCACCAGAACAAGCUCGAGGGCUUGACCCAGAUCGCAAAAGAGGUUUCUAAGGUAAUCCGAACCCGACCCAGGUGGGAACAGACCCUAAUCUCCGAUUACCCUAGCGUCAAUUUCCUUGACCCACAGUUUUUUCAUGAGAUUUUGAAGCAGCAAAACAAUGCCUUUCUCUCUCUUCGCUUCUUUUACUGGCUUAGUUCUACUAACCGUGGAUUCAUGCCGGAUAAGUUUUUGUGUAGUGUGAUUUUUGAUAGUCUUGUGGAGGCCAAAGCUACCAAUGCUGCCAAGUCUUUUUUGAGUUACGUAGAUUUUACUCCUCAACCGGAUUCUUUGGAGAGAUACAUUAGAUGUCUGUGUGAAAGUUGUGAUAACAGGUCGAUUGAGGAAGCAUUGAAUGUGUUUGAUCACUUGAAAGAGUUUGGUUUUUGCCCGGCAUUAGUGACGUGGAAUUCGGCUUUGUUUCGUUCCGUUCAAGCUGGGAAGAUUGAUGUUGUUUGGAAGUUGUAUGGGGAGAUGAUGGAUAAUGGCAUUGUGGGGGACGUGGAUACAGUUGAGUAUUUGAUUCAAGCUUUUUGCAUUGAUAAUAAUGUUUCGAAAGGUUAUGAGCUACUGAGACAAGUUCUGGAAGAUGGUUUUGUUCCUAGUAAUGUUGCUUUUAAUAAGUUGAUAUCUGGGUUUUGUAAGGAUGGGAAGUAUUCUAGCGUUUCCGCACUCCUUCAUACUAUGAUUGCAAAGAACUGUCGGCCUGAUAUUUAUACAUAUCAGGAAAUAAUCAACAACCUUUGCAAGAGGGGUGUUUGGCGUGAAGGAUUUCGGAUUUUCAAUGAUUUAAAAGAUAGAGGGUAUGCUCCGAAUAGGGUCAUGUAUACAACUAUGAUACACUGUCUUUGUGAGAUGAAAAGGAUUGGGGAUGCGCGGAAGUUGUGGUUUGAGAUGGUUCGGAAAGGAAUUCUUCCAAAUGAAUACACGUAUAAUGCGCUCAUUUAUGGGUUGUGUAAAGUUGGUUAUAUUGAAGAUGCAAAGGAGUUGUACAAGGAAAUGUGUUGUAGAGGUUACAAAGAGACCACAGUCAGUUACAGCACUAUGAUCAGUGGGCUUUGCUUGCAUGGAAGAACAGAGGAAGCUUGUGAGUUGUUUCAAGAAAUGGACGAAAAGGGAAUUGCUCGUGACAUAAUCACAUACAAUUCGAUGAUUCAAGGUUUAUGCAAAGAAUUGAAGAUACGUGAAAGUAUGAACCUGUUGGACGAACUUCUGGAGCAGGGUUUGCGGCCUUCAGCUUCCACUUAUACUUCCCUCAUAGAAAAGCUUUGUGAAUUGGAAGAUUUGGACAAAGCAAAAAUCUUGUGGAGAGAUAUGCAAAAUAGGGGCAUAGAACCAGCAGUUUGUACUUAUGAUUUCAUCAUAACUGGGUUGAGCAAUAAAGGGUAUGUUGCCGAAGGUAUGGAAUGGUUGAAUGCAAUGCUGACAAGUGGGCUCAGACCACAAAAGCAGACCUUUGAGAGACUAAUUCAAUGUCUCUCGCAAGGAGAUAAGCUGGAUGAGGUUUUACUCGUUUUGGAUUAUAUGUUUAAUGUGGGUUAUGUACUGAGCAAAAGUAUUUGUCAAGACGUGGUUGAUAGACUAUGUGAUAAGAAUUCUCUUCAGACUCUUCACAUUGAGACGUGUCUGGGGUUUAUCAUGCAGAAAGAAAUUACUGCACCACAGGUUUCCACUGGUUCUCUGGUAGCAACUAGCAACUAGCAACCAAAUGGUAUGAACGUUAUUGUUGGUGUGAUUAAAGUUUUUCACUUCUUCAAUCCGACAAUUCUAGAGACAUGUCUAGUAUGGACCUCUUUGGGGGCAUUUGAAUAUCAACUCAUUGUUGUGACCACCCUAAUUUGUUUAGUUAAUUGUGCACAAUAAAUAUCUAAUCUUGGUGCCUAAUAUUUUCCGUGGUGGUCAAUUUUCUUGUAUUGGAAGCACCUUCAGUGCCUUGUGGGCGGUAUUGGAAUCAGAAGUCCUUCAUGUGAAGAAGGGUAUGUUGCCGAAGGGAUGUAAUUGUAAUGGUUGAGUGAAAUGCUGAAAAGUAAGCUCAGACCUUGAAAACAAACUUUUGAGAUACUAAUUCGAUGUCUCUCACGAGGAGAUAAACUGGAUGAGGUCUUACUCGUUUUGGAUUAUAUGUUUCAUGUAGGUUAUGCACUUAGUCAAUGUACUUUCCAUUCUCUGGUUGACAAACUAUGUGAUAAGAAUUCCCUUCACUUUGAGACGUGUCUAGGGGGUAUCCUGUAGAAAGAAAUUACCGCAGCAGAGGUCUUCUAGGCCCUUCUUUGUUUGUCUUAAUUUGUUAUCAUUUAUUUAGACGAGACUAUGCUCUGAUAGUCUGAUUGUUGUACAUUUGUAUGAAAUAAAUCUUUUAGAAUUGUUUACUACUUUACUUAGUUGCAUAUGCGUUCUUUCAUUGCAUCUCAGGGAAAUUUCAUGAAUACUUCUGAUGCUUACUGUGAGGUCUCCAUAAACUUAGCUCAUAGUUCACGUAGGGAAAUAUCUCUGCUCAGUUAGUAUAAGCCUGACAUCCAUGACCAUGCUGCUUGUGAAUUAACAAUAAUUAGGUGAAUCUGUGAGACAGUGCAGGUUUCUGUUACCAGUACCUUUGUUGGUUUAUUAAGAAAGAAUAUUGGAAUUACUGUUGUGCCCCACAUGGCCUAUAUGGUCUUUUAGAGGUUUUAAGAAAAAUUUGUGUCUGCGUUAAUUCAUAUAGUCUUGUAGACUGUCAAUAUCAAGCUGAAGUUACAUGAUUAAAAUUACUGGACCUUCAACUUAGACCUCCGAACGUGAUUGAAACUAGAUGCAAAGACUAGUUUCGAGAUUGACUAUAAAAGUGGAAGUAAGGUGGCAGCAGUGUGUGACAUGCCAACAUCAAAUUUACUACUUGGGUUGAAGUUUCCAUAUCUGAAAUGAUUGCAAAUCCGUUAGUUUCAAGUAGUAGAAAUCCUUUAGUGCUGAAGACUAGACAGCGUGUGUCUGGCCGCUAGAACAAAUUCGACCUACCUCUGCAGUUGAACUGAGCUUUUCAAAAAAUGCUAUUUCGUUAGGUUUCUGUUCAUUCUCUGGUUGCAACAAUAAUAUGAACUGUUAUUGUGGGUAUAAUUAGUAAUUUCACUUAUGCAACCAGAGACUCUAGAGAAAUAUCUAGAAUGGACCUUUGGAGGGGCAUUUGAAUAUCGACCGAUUGUUGUAACCCUAAUUUAUUUAGUUAGAUGUGCACGUAUAAUAUCUAAUUUUGGUGCCUAACAUUUUCUGUGGUGGUCAAUUUUCUUGUAUUGGAAGCCAAUAAAAGAAAUUGUUUCUUGUACUGGAAGUCUGGAAGCAACUUCAGUGCCUUCUGGGAAGUAUGGAAAUCAGGCCUUUGAGUGAAGAAGGGGCAGUUGAACUGUAAUCUGGUCGUGAAGAUGCCAUCAGUUUACCAGGACAUCAUCCCCUCUAGGGGUAUCAGGGGAUCUAACUUUCCUAUCUGUCAUGCUUCCUCAAUGGAUGGCACCAAAUUGAGACAGGCUGUGUAACCGAUCUGAAUAAAAUCUCCACUCUCAAUCCUUUUUUGAGGCUGAUGAGAUCCUUGUCUGUGUUUGUUGAUGUUGCUGGGGCAUGUGGAUGUGAAAAUGUGGCUGGGGUUCUGUUUCAGAUCUGGACUCCGAGUGGUUCUAGCUGCUGCUUAUUUGCAGCUGUCUUGCUUUUGUAUAGCCAUGGUAUUUGAUGGUUAUGUGUAGCACUGGAUGGUCCACAUCUUUUGUAGGAACAUCCAGGCAUGUCCCACCGUCCUCUGAUGAAUACAACACUUGACACAUAUCCACACCCGACUUCCGCUCCAAGCGGAUGUAAGAUAGGGUAAAGACAACUGUCCCAGUAUCCAUUUUUUUUAUGCGUGGAC